CAGAGUGUUUCUUCUUCUUCCUCUUUGUAUCAGUUUGGUAGACAUUUUUUUAAAAAACUUAGCCCUUUUAGAGAGAGAAAGAGAGAGAGGAAAAGGAAGAGGAGAGAGAAAGAGAGAGAGACUGAGACAACUCAUCAGUUGUUGCGGCUCAAAGAGAGAUCGAGAUCGAGAUCCACACGACGGAGACGAGAGAGAGAGAGAGAGAGCUCAACGGUGAUGGGAUCUUGGCUUCCCCAGUAUUGCUUCCUCUUCAUCUUCUACUGUCACUCCCACAAUACCAAUCACUUUUCCUGAUAUCGUUAGCUGCAUUUUCUCCGAAACUCACUCUCUUCUCCUACUCAGGAUUUGAACUUCUUACGUUUUGAACCCGGCUGCUCAGAGUAACUUGCUCUGGUUUUUCUUUAAAUCACCAAAAUGGGUUCGAGAUACCCAUCUCAUCAGCUCAGCAAUGGGCUAUUUGUGUCUGGUCGGCCUGAGCAACCCAAAGAAAGGGCUCCAACUAUGAGUGCAGUAGCCAUGCCUUACACUGGUGGUGAUAUCAAGAGAUCAGGAGAAUUGGGGAAGAUGUUUGAUAUUCCAGCAGAUGGGACUAAGUCCAGGAAGUCUGGUCCCAUACCAGGUGCUCCUUCAAGGUCUGGCUCAUUUGCAGGAACUGCACAAUCAGGUCCAGGUGCUCCUAUGGCCACUGGCCGUAUGUCUGGCUCUUUAGCUUCUGCUGGCUCUGUUUCAAUGAAGAAAACGAAUUCCGGACCAUUAUCUAAGCAUGGAGAGCCUUUGAAGAAAUCAUCUGGCCCUCAAUCUGGUGGUGUAACUCGCCAAAAUUCUGGUUCUAUUCCUAUUCUUCCAGCUACAGGUCUCAUUACCUCUGGGCCUAUUACAUCAGGCCCUCUGAAUUCAUCUGGGGCUCCCAGGAAGGUUUCUGGUCCACUAGACUCUUCUGGUUUGAUGAAGUCACAUAUGCCUACUGUUGUCCACAACCAGGCGGUAACUACCCUUGGUCCAGAAGAUGACUUUUCCUGCCUGAAGAGCUUUCCAAAGCCUGUGCUGUGGCUGGUUGUUCUUAUAUUCAUUAUGGGGUUCCUUGCUGGAGGCUUCAUUCUUGGUGCAGUUCACAACCCAAUUCUCCUUGUUGUUGUCGCCAUCUUGUUCACAGUUGUUGCUGCACUUUUCAUUUGGAAUAUUUGUUGGGGAAGACGUGGUAUCACAGAUUUCAUUGCUCGUUAUCCUGAUGCUGAUCUUAGAACUGCCAAAAAUGGUCAACACGUGAAGGUCACUGGGGUGGUAACUUGUGGUAAUGUACCGCUUGAGUCAUCCUUCCACAGAGUUCCCAGAUGUGUGUACACAUCGACAUGUCUAUAUGAGUAUCGUGGAUGGGGUUCGAAACCAGCCAAUUCUUCCCAUCGUCACUUCACAUGGGGACUGAGAUCAUCAGAGAGACAUGUGGUGGACUUUUACAUCUCUGAUUUCCAGUCUGGGCUCAGAGCCUUAGUCAAAACCGGAAGCGGUGCAAAGGUAACACCUCUUGUAGAUGAUUCUGUUGUCAUCGACUUCAAGCAAGGAAGCGAGCAAGUGUCUCCCGAUUUUGUACGAUGGUUAGGCAAGAAGAAUCUAACAAGCGAUGAUCGAAUAAUGCGGCUCAAAGAAGGGUAUAUAAAAGAAGGAAGUACAGUGAGUGUGAUUGGAGUGGUGCAGAGAAACGAUAAUGUGUUGAUGAUAGUUCCAUCAUCAGAGCCACUAGCAGCUGGUUGGCAAUGGAGGAGAUGCACAUUCCCAACAAGUCUUGAAGGAAUAGUAUUGAGAUGUGAAGACUCAUCCAAUGUUGAUGCCAUACCGGUUUGAGUCAUCAUCAUCAUCAUCACCAACAUCCUAGUUUGGGUUCAUUAAAUAUUUUUCAUGAAUCUGGAAAAAAUGUGAUCUUGCUGGUGGGUUCGUUUGGUGGUGGUUGUAGUGUUAUUUUCUUUCCUUUUAAUUCUCAUUAAAAUUUUUCUUUUGGGUCUCCGAGUUAUUACGGUUAGGAUGGUGAUGCUUGGAGGGUGUGGUUUCAUUUUCCUAAGAUGAGCUAAUUGUUUUUUCUUCUCAUUCUUCUUCUUCGCCUUUUGGUUUGUAUAGCUCUUCAUGUCUAUUCUUUUUCAAUAGAACUUGUGUACUUUUCUCAAUGUGUUAUGUUAUGUCUAAAUUUUUCCUUUUUGUGAAAACAAACAUCAAUUUGGUGUUCUUUUUAAACCUAUUUGGCUAUCUUCUAUGCUAUAUGGUUUUGG